AUGAAAGUCCAAAAUUUGAUUAGGGAUUUCGAGUUGCAGAAGAUGAAGGAGUCGGAGUCAGUGAAAGAGUACUCUGACAGACUUCUCAGCAUUGCCAACAAGGUGAGAUUGCUUGGUUCUAUGUUAAAUGAUUCCAGGAUCGUUGAAAAGUUGCUAGUCACUGUUCUAGAGAAGUUUGAAGCCACCAUUACUACUCUAGAGAACACCAAAGACUUGUCAAAGAUUUUUCUUAUAGAGCUCUUGAAUGCUUUACAAACACAAGAGCCUGAGGUCAAGCAUGAUAAGCUUGACAAAAAGGCAAAAGCUGGCAUAUUUGUUGGGUAUAACAUUAUAUCCAAAGCUUACAGAGUUUUUCAACCACACACUAGUUGUGUUAUUCUGAGGCGAGAUGUUCAUUUUGCUGAAAAUGAGCAAUGGAAUUGA